GACCAUUAAAGAAUUCCUCUAUAAAAUGUCAACAGUAUGGCGCCACAAGCAUUCAAUAGUCAUCAAUUGGCACCGCCAACGAUCGCAUUCCACUCACAGUGGAUGAUUCAACUGAAAAUUUUCCACUUGCAUGUUAUUUUCCGGCGGGUAGAGUUGAGAGAGCUCCCUUUGCCGAACAAUUCCUACCUUUACUUUUCUUCUUCGUCUUGGUAAAUUUCUGACAUUCUACAGUUUAGAUAGUUUUUUGGUCUUUGUAAAGAUUUUGCAAUCUGAGGUGGGGCUGAUCAGAUUUGAUGGAUGGGAAGAGGCUGGAUCUUGAUGCGCCUCUACUCUCCUUCCGGCGAAGAACAGUCCAGGCGGACGGUGAAGAGGUAACGCCACCGCCACCUUCGCGGCGGAGGCGGCAGGCUCUUCCUUUCUACAACUCUGACCUGAAGUUGGAUCAGGUGGGAAUCCCUGGAGCCGUGCCCUUCGAUUGGGAGAAGACGCCCGGUCAGCCCAAGAACAGCUCUCUCGCAACGACUACUUUUGAGCUUAAUCCAGCGGUCCCCAAGCUUCCUCCUGGUCGAAGCUUGAAGGAGAAUGGAACGGAUUGGUUGAAAGGUGCUUUGGGGCCUCCGGAGAUUGAGACGGUAAUUGGAACCCCAACAUCUUCGUCUGGUGGCCGGAAUGAGAAGGAUAAGGUGGAGGAUGAGGAUGAAAGUUUUUCGACGGUGUGCGGGGACGAAGAUGAUGCCUUCUCCGACGCUCGGGAUGCUUUUUCGUGCGCCGAGUCUUUUUCCAUGAAGUGCAGCAUGAGUGCCGGUGUCGGUGCUAAGGAUUCUCCGAGGAGCUUCACGAAAGAUCCACAGGUCAAGGACUUCAUGAUGGGUCGUUUCCUGCCUGCUGCACAGGCUAUGACUGAGGAUUCUCCGCAGCGAACUUGGAGAAAGCCGCCCCGGGCUCAAGUGGAUGAGGGGGAUAAUUCUGGUAGCCAAACUUUACGGAGGAGACGGCUUCCUCUAGACUACCAAUAUCAACUUAGCAGAGCUCAGCUCCAUGGUACUGAGCAAGCGGAUGAGGAAGAGGAAGAGGAAGUGGAGGAAUACGAUGAUGAUUAUGGAAGUUAUGCAGGCACUGGCUUUUUCUCCUCAAAGGCCUGUGGAUUGAUUCAGAGGUUUUGCUUGAAGAGCUCCAUUGGUCCCUUCAAUUCUGUUCCAGGUCUGAAAGCUCAAGGCAGGCCUCAGCCAAGAACCCGCAGUAGUCCUCCUCAGAUUAACGUUUUGCGCCAUGCUUCUUUGGGACAAGCCGAGGAUGAGGAUUCAUGGGAGGCAGUAUACAGGUACAAAUUGAGUCAUGGAUAUUAUCCGCACAGGAGGGAUGGGAGCAAGUUGAUGACUGAAUCCAACCAGCUUACCAGUUGGAGUGAUUCCCAAAUGCUUGAUGGUUCAUCAUUUCUCAAUUCAACUGGCGGUGCUCUAUCACCUGACAAACAUGAAGAUUCAAAGAGAGAAUCAGGGAGUUGGAAGACUGGGAGCUCCGAUUUAUGUGAGAAAGGCUAUGGAAGCUAUUGGGAAACAACGUAUCGUCAGGGCAGGCUUGAAGGGUCAGGUUCCACUAGUCCCGCAACUGAGAGACCUCUUAAUCAAAAUUCUCUGAGCUUGCCAGAGACUCCAGAUUGUAAGUCGCUCUUGGCAAACAUUCCUUCAGAUGCCAAAGCAGAAUUUGAGAUUCAUCAGACAGAAGAAAGUUCUUUUACUGAAGCUUCUGAAGGAUAUGCAUUGCAGUCAAGAUCUUCCAAGAUUGCUGAGCCAGGCUUUUCAUCAUACCGUGAAAGAUUAAAUGAUGUAGAGCUAUAUGUCAAUGAAUUUGAUAAUAAUAAAAAUAAUGAUGACCGUUUGACUUUGAAAAUGGAUCUUAUAGAGAAGAAUGACAAUUCCCUAGCAUUGCCUCUGCUUCCUCCUCCAUUACCAACAUCUCCUUCUGAGUCUUGGCUCCGGCGAACCUUGCCAUCUGUGCCACAUCAAGCGUCAUUUUUGGGUAUUCAAAUCCAUUCUAAGAAACAAGAAUCACGGGCGUCAGCUGGUGCUCACAAGUCAGUAACAUAUGAAAAACCUUCCAACCUACACCCUCGUCGAACAAGAUUUGUCGAGGUACGUUUUUCAACUGUGUGGCAUUAGUAAACAUUUGGAGUAAUUUCUUUAACAAGAUUUGAUUGUUGGCAUAACUUCAGGCUGCAAAGGAUAUGUGACGGUAUUCUGGAUCAUGAUCUUGAGAGACCAUUUUUAUAUCCUCAUAAUUUUUUGCCCUUUACUGCAAAGUGGUGAUGUGAAAUAUGUGCUGUAAAGGUAAUGCAUUAUCUUAGAUUUUUACAUUUGGGCUUCUAUGUUGAAGCAGUUUGAAUCACUUUGCUUAUGUGUAUAGGCAGACUUUCCAAUGCCAAAUGGCUUCUUUUGCAAACAUUUGAGGGAUGAUGCCUCUUUUUAUGAAGUCAUACAUCCAUGGGUCUGUUGUAACAUGCGAUGUAAAUAUUCUUGUUGAGAUUAUUUAGCCUACAUGGUAAUUAAUUUAUGAAAUAAAUUUUCUUAUAUUAUAGCA